AUGGACGAAGCGGACUGGCAAAGUGACGGACGAGCGCAUGGACGUUGCGAUCGUCUGCCCUUCCAGAAAUCACCUGAGUCUGACGACAUAACUAAGCCAUUUCCCUACGCUUCUCCUCUUGGUAGUGAUGAAGUGCAUCCGCUUCAUCUGCUUAUUAAUAUAAGGAAAGAGUCUGUGAAGUUCGUGAGGAUAAAGGACGAAAAUGGUUCUCGAAGUGAAACAAGUCUCUAUCGUUUGGAGUUUAUACUAGAUGCCGAUUGUUCGUGUUUUGUUCAGAUUCAUUUCAAUGCGAGAGAGCUAUAUCAAGAUGGAGAAGUUCAAUUUGCGUACCGAAACAAGCGAGUAUCGUGCUCGGAUCGUUUCCAUUUUGAUACUGGUUCCGAGCAGAUAUUCAACAAUUUCACCUUUGAUCCAUCAAAAUGGGACCUAGCAGACCUGACCUAUUCUGGUGGUCUUUAUUUCCCUGUCGUAGUUGUUAUUCAAACAGAUGGAAUUGACCGACCGCAAAUGCAAAGCACCAUGUGUACAGUGGAUGUUGCCAACGAUAGCAGUCAUGCCCUAAUCCUAAAACCACUGCGGCAAAAAAUUGCUUGUGAUGGCGUUAUUUACCUUCUCCAAGAGAUGUUCGGCAUAGAAAAUAAAGAGAUGGCACCUGACGGGAACGCGGACGAAUGUGGACUGGAGUGUAUUAUUUGUAUGAGCGACAUUCGUGACACUGUAAUCCUACCGUGCCGUCAUCUUUGUAUAUGUAAUAAUUGUGCGGAUACAUUAAGAUACAAGCUUAAUAAUUGCCCCAUUUGCCGCUCUCCGUUCCGUGCACUGAUACAGCUUCGUGCGCGCAGGCAAACACGCAAUCUUGGGUACGAAACAGUGACUUUAGUGGAAGGUCUAAAUGGUCCUCUGAACCAUCACUCCUAUGGAAACAUCGAACAAACUUCGAAAAAUGUGUCAGAAGUUUCUACCAUGAAGAAGGGUCACUCUCGAGAACGUAGUCGAGCGAGCAACAUCAUCAGUCAAAUUGUCACAAUCGACAGUGCUGGCGACCUUGAAGAGACCAGUGAAGGAAUUGAGAUGAAGCGGUAUCUCCCUAAAGAUGUUGUGCCUCAAGAAGAAACUCCUGUGCUAUCGAAUGUCUCUUCAAGAAGCGGUAGCCCUCACUGUUAUACGACUCCUGAGGAGACUGAAGUAGAAGUCACAGUGGACAACAUAAGGUCGAUUCCAUCAAAGCGAGGUCUGCAAAUAGGCGACAGUCACUCAUCUAGCGAGCUUUUAGAAAAAGCUGUCGAGGGUGUUCAGAAGGGAGCGUUGGCUGCAGAAGAUUAA